CGGCGCGGGGGGAAGCUGCUGCGCGGCGCCUGGUUCCGUGUCCGCGGCCGACUGCGCAGCCUGCGCGCAGAUCUCAGAUACUUACAGAGAGCUACAAUGGAAAAGCCCUGGAUGCUGUGGAACUUUGUUGAAAGAUGGCUAAUAGCCUUGGCUUCAUGGUCUUGGGCUCUCUGCCGUAUUUCUCUUUUACCUUUAAUAGUGACUUUUCAUCUGUAUGGAGGCAUUAUCUUACUUUUGUUAAUAUUCAUAUCGAUAGCAGGUAUUCUAUAUAAAUUCCAGGAUGUAUUGCUUUAUUUUCCAGAACAGCCAUCUUCUUCACGCCUUUAUGUUCCCAUGCCCACUGGUAUUCCACAUGAGAACAUUUUCAUCAGAACCAAAGAUGGAGUGCGUCUAAAUCUUAUUUUGAUAAGAUACACUGGAGACAAUUCACCCUAUUCCCCAACUAUAAUUUAUUUUCACGGGAAUGCAGGCAACAUAGGUCACAGGUUACCAAAUGCAUUGCUUAUGUUGGUUAACCUCAAAGUUAAUCUUUUGCUUGUUGAUUAUCGAGGCUACGGAAAAAGUGAAGGAGAAGCAAGUGAAGAAGGACUCUACUUAGAUUCUGAAGCUGUGCUAGACUAUGUGAUGACUAGACCUGACCUUGACAAAACAAAAAUUUUUCUUUUUGGCCGUUCCUUGGGAGGAGCAGUGACUAUUCAUUUGGCUUCUGAAAAUUCACAUAGGAUUUCAGCCAUUAUGGUGGAGAACACAUUUUUAAGCAUACCACAUAUGGCCAGCACUUUAUUUUCCUUUUUUCCAAUGCGUUACCUUCCUUUAUGGUGCUACAAAAAUAAAUUUUUGUCCUACAGAAAAAUCUCUCAGUGCAGAAUGCCUUCUCUUUUCAUCUCUGGACUGUCUGACCAGUUAAUUCCACCAGUAAUGAUGAAGCAACUUUAUGAACUCUCUCCAUCUCGGACUAAGAGAUUAGCCAUUUUUCCUGAUGGAACUCAUAAUGAUACAUGGCAGUGCCAGGGUUACUUCACUGCCCUUGAACAGUUCAUCAAGGAGGUCAUCAAGAGUCAUUCUCCUGAAGAAAUGGCAAAAACUUCAUCCAAUGUAACAAUUAUAUAAUGUUUUUCUUUUUGAUUAUUGCACUGUAUUUUAAUUUGUGCAGAAUGAUAAAGAAUAUUCCUUUCCAGAAGUGUGUUAUGUCUGUACUUGUCUGAAGAGUGACAUUAAACUUUGAGAGGACUUCAUUGCUCCUUUAAGAUAAUCCAAAUAGCUUUUUACAUUUGAAGAACUAUAAUUCUUGGGAUUAUUUCAUACAUUUUCAUCAAACUUUUCAAUGUUGUUAUGUAUCCAUAUCUUUAAUAUGCCAGUACAAUGGCAUAUUCAAAAGUUUCUUGUUGCUAAAGUGGUGUAAUCUAUGUGACACUUAGGUUAAUGAUGAGGUGUGGAAGGAGGCAUGUAAACAAGAAACCUUUGGGUAUCAUUUCUUUGGAAAAUGUUGGGACAAUCACGGUGAGCAAACUUAGUUCUGUAGUUGUGUUUUUCACCUUAAAAGUUGAAAUGAAAUGCAUGAUGGUAUUUUAUUCCUUGAAUUAUGCAAUGCAAUGUUUUUAAUGUAAAUAGCACUGAUCAUAUACUGAUGUAUAUGGUAACUUGGGUUAUAUCUAUUUUUAUGUGAACUCUAUUUUGUUUUUGGCAAGAGGUGAAAUUGAGGCCUGUGUGCAGGUUGCCAUUGAAUUUUGCUCUGGUGAAUGCUGAGAUCCAGCUUUUUCUUACAAAUAAAUGGGACCCCAUUUUCCAAUAUAAACGUACCCUGUUUUUGUUAGGUACAGUCUGGAUCAUGGCAUGUAAAAAUAGAAAUUUAGAAUUUUAAUGCAGCUUUGAUGUGCAUAUUUGAACUUUUUAACAUUUGUAAUUUUGGUGGCAAAGAGAAUUUUAGCUUCUGUCAAUUUUUUACGUCCACAGCUGAACCACUAAUACCAGUCAUAAUGAAGAUUAGAACUUGUUUAAGAAUUAAAUUAGGAAGUCUUAUCAUUACGAUUGUACAUACUGCUUUACAAAAAUUCCCACAUUUGGUUUUUAAGUCUCAGUAUCUGGGUAUAUCGACCCACUAAAGCCAGGAUAUCAUUUAUUGGACUUUCUGAAAAUAAAAGUUACAGAAACAAAAGCAAAAAACUAUGUUUUUGGUUUAAUGUUUCAGUUGCUAUGAAAUAGAAGAAUUCCUGCAUCAAAAGACAGUUUUAGGGAGUCUUAUUUAUUUAUUUUGUACAUGUUAGGAAUGUGGGAAUGAAGGCACUCGAGAGCUUUUUAUCACAGAACCUAUUUACCACAUUUAACAGUUAAAUAGCUGUAAGUGGGAAGUAGUAUUUAGACGUAUAGAAGAGUAAGGAAAAUCUUACUUAGGAAAAAAGAGUCCCUUAAAACUUGCAGGAUUUACCUUAAAAAAAAUAUAAGCUAUGAGACAUAAUUGUGCUAAGUUGUUUUAAGCAGUCCUCAAAAAUUAGAUGUAAUUGAGCUCUGUACAUUGUUAUGUCAGCUUUAACAUAAACUAUUUUGGAUAUUUUAGCUAUAUUUAUUGGCUUUGUGCAAGCAACUAGAGCAGAGAAAUAAUGGGUCAAUAAUCUUGACCUUAAUUUAAAACUCUUUCCAUGGAGAUAGGGCUAGAAAUACUUUUGCCAAAUAACCUUCUUAUCAUUCACUUUAUGUCAGUAUUUAGAGAAGAAUAAAUUAUAGCAAGUAUGAUUUCUAAAGGAUAAUGUUUUUCUAUAAAUUAUUGUAAAAAAAAAAAUCAUGAUUUUUAAAAAAAAGAGUUGGUAAUGCAUAUCAUGGAAGGUGUAUUUUGUAUGUAUAAAUUCAGUGCCAUUAAAGGCUACUUUUCAUCCUGUCAGUCAUUGCUAUGUAGAAUGACUAUCCUAGAUAGUGAUGUAUUAAAAAG